AUGUCCACCCCGGCUGCGCCUCUCCCCAAGUCCGUCCUAGGACGACAUCGUCUGCUGUCUCUGACGGCGGGCGUCCACGUCAGCCCGUUGUGUCUGGGGGGAAUGAACUUUGGCAACGCAUGGACGAAAGUGAUGGGCGAAUGCAGCAAAGAAACGGCAUUUGAGAUCCUGGAUUACUUCUACGAGAUGGGCGGGAACUUCAUAGAUACCGCCAACAAUUACCAAGCCGAAGAAUCCGAAAUUUGGAUUGGCGAAUGGAUGGCGCAGAACCCAUACCGACGGGAUGAAAUGGUCGUUGCCACGAAAUACACAUCUGGAUACAAAGUCUUGUCCGAGCCGAAACUACAACAAUCCAAUUUUGGAGCCAUGAGCACCAAGUCCCUCACAAUGAGUGUCGAAGCCUCCCUGAAGAAACUCCAGACCACCUAUAUUGACAUUUUGUACGUCCAUUACUGGGACUUCACCACAGGAGUGGAGGAAGUCAUGCAGAGCCUGAACCAUCUUGUCGCGCAGGGUAAGGUCCUGUACCUAGGCGUCAGCGACACUCCGGCGUGGAUGGUCGUCAAAGCAAACGCAUAUGCCCGGCGCCACGGCCUACGACCCUUUAGCGUAUACCAGGGCCGCUGGUCAGCAGCGGAGCGUGACUUCGAGCGCGACAUCAUCCCCAUGUGCCGCGACGAGGGCAUGGGGCUGGCACCCUGGGGCGUCCUGGGCGGAGGGUACUUCAAGCCUUCAACAGCCAUACAGGCCGAAGCAGGCGGCCGCAAUAUGCCUACCGUACGCACGGGCAAGGAGGCCGAAGUCAGCGCCGCGCUCGAGAAGAUUGCUAACACCCGCUCUCCGCCUGUCCCACUGACCUCGAUCGCCCUCGCGUACGUGAUGCACAAGACCCCCUAUGUCACACCCAUCAUCGGCGGCCGCAAGCUUUCGCAUCUGAAAUCCAAUAUUGAAGCACUCAUGAUCCGCUUGUCACAGGAAGAGAUUGACCAAAUUGAGUCGGCGUACCCAUUCGACGUGGGAUUUCCUAUGAACUUCCUCGCCGCGAAUCCUAAGGGUGCGAGAGGGCCGGAGGACAUCACGAUCACGAGGCGUAUGGGGCAUUUUGAUUUCGUCAAGGGUCCCGAGCCAAUUCUACCGCCGUUGGGCAUUGAGAAGAUGAGUGAGGAAGCAAAGGCCAAGGCGCUGGGGUAUAGAUUGUCUUGA